UCUAUACCUUACUUUUCUUGUAGAAUGAAAAGUCAAAAUCUUGCUCCCAAUUGCACGUGAUUGGCAAUAAACGCGCCACAUGUAAGAAACAUAACUCUAAGAAUUCAUUUUAGUCUCAUUUGCACAACCCCAAAACUUCUCCAAUAUUCUACCUCAUACGACAACGCCCCUAUUCAAUACACAAAUGACCAUAAUGAAAACAGCAAAAACAGCCGAUCGCCGAGGCUUUAUUCUCUCUUCAAUCUUCUUCAUCUGCUGCCUCUGCGCCUUGGCUUCGAUCAACGAGGUCCGGUUCGACGCCCUCUUGAGACUCGGCAACUGCGCCGCCGCGGCCAUCAAAAACGACAUCAAGUCUUCAUCAUUCAACACAAACGACACCACUUCUUCCCUCACUCCCCAAAAUUCUUCCUCCUCCGAAGACGACAUCAGAAUACUCAUAGGCAUCCUGACCCUCCCCGACCAGUACCAGAAGCGACACUUCCUCCGCCUAAUCUACGGCACGCAGAAUCCCACCGGCGCGAAAAUCGACGUCAAGUUCGUCUUCUGCAACCUGACAAAGGAAGACCAAAAAGUCCUCGUCGCGUUGGAGAUCAUGCGGUACGACGACAUCAUAAUCCUGAACUGCAAAGAGAACAUGAACAAGGGCAAAACCUAUACUUACUUCUCAAGCCUACCGGAAUUGCUAAACGACACAAACGCUCCAAGCCCGCCAUACCACUACGUCAUGAAAGCCGACGACGACACAUAUUUUAGACUGGAAAGCCUUGUCCAGUCACUAAAACCAUUGCCUAGAGAAGACUUGUAUUACGGGUACGUGAUUCCUUGCCCUAGCAUGGACCCUUUCGUGCGUUACAUGUCCGGGAUGGGCUAUUUGGUGUCGUGGGAUUUGGUCGAAUGGAUUCGGGAUUCGGAGAUUCCGAGGAACAAAAUGGAAGGUCCUGAGGACAAGGUUUUUGGAGAAUGGCUUAGAGUAGGGCACAAAGCGAAGAACAGGUUUAAUGCAAAGUGGUCAAUGUACAACUUUCCUGAGCCAAAAACUGGGUGUACUCAUGAGCUUUGGCCAGACACUAUUGCGGUUCAUUUGUUGAAGAAUCAAGAGAAGUGGAUUCGGACUUUGAACUAUUUUAAUCACACCCAGAAUCUCAAGCCCUCCAAGUUGUAUCAUAUACCUUAGCUUAUAUAGUUAUUUAACUAAAAAAGACGACGGACCACAUGUAUGACUUUUGGACUGAGGGAGUCAAUGAUUCCAAAGAGGAGAAGUUUGUCUCGCCUCAACCAGAGAGUGUAUUCUGGGUUUGAGAGGUUCUUGCCAUCAUCCACAAUAUUUAGGGAUGGACAAGGCUUUGCUCCAUCAAUAUAGCCAAGCAAAAGAAGUGCAUCAAAAUGAGUUUUUCACGCAAAAUAAUUG